AUGGUCAAGGUUUUCCGAAAUCUUUCCUCCGGUGAGAUGCAGUCAGAAUUGGCCUAUGUUGGUCGCAAAACCGACCAUUCCGCGUAUGACGCCUUCGUGGCUGUAAUUAUGACGCAUGGAGGAUUGGGUGAGCUUUACGGCGUCAAUGGUGAUGCUUUUCCCGUGCAUCAGUUGACUCUCGAUUUUACGGCUGAAAAGUGCCCCUCUUUAGCCGGCAAACCAAAGCUCUUCUUCAUUCAAGCUUGUCGCGGUGAUGACUACCAGUUGGGCUACGCUGUGCCUGCAAAUGGAGCCAGCGAAGGUGAACUAUCAAUGCAUCAAGGCAGUUCCUCUUUGAAUCCUCUUCAAUUCAGAUCUUCAAGGCUAGAAUCUAAUGAGGCUGAGGAUAUAGACGAAGAACCUGCUAUUGCAGCCGCCAAAUUACCGAAGAAACAACGGCUAGUUCCAAGUUUCGCCGACUUUCUGUUGAGUUAUGCUACAUUGGCCGGCUUUAAAGCUCAGAGAGAUCCUCAACAAGGCUCAAUUUAUAUCCAAACACUGUGUCAUUAUUUGGAACUGUAUGGAAAGUCAAGAAGCCUCCUAGAUAUCGUCACCUCUGUGCAUAGAGAAGUCUCUGAAAAAGUCUUCCGAGAAGCCGAGUCCACAGAUAACGAUGGGGGAACAAUAUUUCAACAAACCCCGGAAGUUCGGCAUACUCUUACUAGAAGAGUUCAGUUCGUUUGA